GAGCCGGCCCCAGAGCCGGACCCCGAACCAGACGCAGAGCCGGCCCCAGAGCCAGACCCCGAACCAGACUCAGAGCCGGCCCCAGAACCAGACUCAGAGCUGGCCCCAGAGCCGGCCCCAGAACUUGUCCCAGAACCGGCCCUGGAGCUGGUCCCAGAACCUGCCCCAGAGCCAACCCUAGAGUUGACCUCAGAACCGACUAGAGACCCUACCCCAGAUCUUGACACAGGGCUGGCCCUAGAACCAGCCCCAGAACCUGCCAUGGAGAGGGCCCCAGAGUCCUGGCCAGAGCCAACUCCAGAGUCCUGUCUAAAGAUGAGUCCAGCGCUACAUCUGUUGCAGGUAGUUCCUGGAGAGAAAAGUGGAAUGGCAUCUCCAGUGCUAUUGCCAUUGCCGUCGCCCAAAUCGCCAAUAACGUGGUCCAGAAUAAAGAAAAUACUGAAGGAAGGACCCCUGCUAAAGAACUGUAACUCCUUCAGAAGAUGGAAGCUUAGAUACUGUCUGAUUCAAGGACAGAAGCUCUACUUUGCACACCAUCCUUCGUUUGCACACUUUGAAACAAUUGAUCUGUCUCAAGUCGUCUUGGCAGAAAGUAGCUGCAGAAAUCUUUGCCACGGUUUUUGUGUUAUCACACCACAUCGAAAAGUCUCUCUAGUUGCACCCACCCGGCAAGACAUGGAAGAAUGGAUUAACAUCAUAAAAACUGUCCAACAGGGAGAAAUCCAUCAGAUACCUGCAGCCGAAAACAACCCUUUCCUUGUUGGAAUGCACUACUGGUAUUCCAGCAAUAGUCCUCGGAGUCAGUUCUGCAAUGUUUGUCGAGAGAACAUUCCUGCUUUAUCUCGAGAUGCUGUCAUCUGUGAAGUAUGUCAGGUGAAAUCUCACAAAUUCUGUGCUUUGAGAGCAAACAAAGACUGCAAAUGGAAUACUUUAUCCGUAACUGAUGACCUUCUUCUACCCGCUGAUGAAAUACAAACAAUGCCACAUCAGUGGGUAGAAGGAAAUAUACCCGCCAGCUCUCAAUGUGUCGUAUGUCACAAGAGCUGCGGUAGUCAUCACAGACUUCAGGAUUUCCGCUGCCUCUGGUGUGGCUCUACAGUGCAUGGGGCCUGCCAGAAGCGGUUUUCCAAGGAAUGUUCCUUCGGAAGUCGUCGCUCGUCCAUCGUGCCACCAACGGCACUGAGCGACCCUCGGGGCGAUGGCCAGCUAGUAGUAUCGCCUGACUUCUGGAAUCUCGACUGGCCACUGACUUGUUCCUGUCCCUUGCUCAUCUUCAUCAAUUCUAAAAGUGGAGAUCAUCAAGGGAUCAUCUUCCUCCGGAAAUUCAAACAAUAUCUUAAUCCGUCUCAAGUAUUCGACCUGGCGAAGGGUGGACCUGAAGCAGGCAUUGCUAUGUUCAAGAACUUUGCCCGUUUUCGUGUUCUGGUUUGUGGUGGAGAUGGCAGUGUGAGCUGGGUCUUAUCUACAAUUGAUGCCUAUGGAUUGCAUGAUAGGUGUCAGCUGGCGAUUAUCCCACUCGGAACUGGUAAUGAUCUCGCCCGUGUCCUUGGCUGGGGAGCAUGCUGGAGUAAAGGCACAUCACCACUGGAUAUUCUCAGCCAAGUGGAGCAGGCUCAUGUGAGGAUUUUAGACAGAUGGAGCGUGAUGAUCCGUGAGACCCCCAGACAAGCCCCACUGCUGAAAGGACAAGUGGAAAUGGAUAUCCCAAGAUUUGAGCUAGCCCUUGAACUAGCACUGCUUGACCCACGAUUCCUCUGCUCUGCAGUGGAAGAUUUUGUGGAUGAUAUUGUAAAGGCCUGGUACCAAAUAAAACAGAAUAGCACAGCAGUGGAGUCCGUGAUUUUGAAAAGCGACUUAAUGUAUGAUAAACUCAGUGUGCUUAUUGACCUCCUGGCUGAGGAUGCAGUAGCUGCCUCUGCCGAGAGGACAGCCACAGCAUAUGGAAGCAGAAGCAAAGCAGAUGGAAAACCCUUCAUGCCUCAACUAGACCACAUAGCAAAGGCCAAACUGGAGUUGGCUGAAAGGGCUCAGAAACUCCAGCAAUCCUUGAAACUCAUCAUAUUCCAGGUCGAACAAGUUUUAGAUGAAGAAAGCAGACAGAGCUUAUCAGUUAAGAACUUUACUUCAUCUUUGUUCCUGGGAGACGGAGACGAUGACUCAGAUGACUAUGAUCAGAGCCCUAGACACCGUUCUCGUUGUGACAUCUUAUAUUCCAUGCCUUCUCUGAGAAGUGAAGACCUGGAUAACCUCGAUUUAGAACACUUACAUAUUACACCUGAAACAAUUCGCUUCAAAGAAAAAUGUGUCAUGAACAACUACUUUGGAAUUGGACUAGACGCAAAAAUUUCUCUGGAGUUCAAUGCCAGAAGAGAAGAACACCCAGAACAAUACAAUAGCCGCCUCAAGAACAAAAUCUGGUACGGUCUCCUGGGAAGCAAGGAACUGCUGCAAAGCUCUUACAGGAAACUGGAAGAACGAAUACACCUCGAGUGUGAUGGAGAAGCUGUCUCUUUGCCAAACCUUCAAGGCAUCGUAGUGCUCAACAUUACCAGCUAUGCUGGAGGUGUCAACUUCUGGGGAAGGAACAGAGCAACCAGAGAAUAUGAGGUCCCUGCAAUUGAUGAUGGGAAACUAGAGGUUGUGGCAAUUUUUGGUUCUGUGCAGAUGGCCAUGUCUCGUAUCAUCAACCUGCAACAUCAUCGAAUUGCCCAGUGUCAUGAAGUGGUAAUAACUAUUGAUGGUGAAGGCGGUGUCCCUGUGCAGGUGGAUGGGGAAGCCUGGAUUCAGAAACCAGGCCUUAUCAAGAUUAAAUACAAGAAUACUGCCCAGAUGUUGAUGAGAGAUAGGGACUUUGAGAACUCAAUGAAAACAUGGGAAUGCAAGCAUACUGAAAUCCAAGCUGUCCAACCACCCCAUCUGGAUUUCCAGGAAUCUCAAGACAGCCUCUCUGAUGGAGAGUAUGCCCAGAUGCAGCACUUGGCUCGGCUUGCAGAAAAUCUCAUUAGCAGACUUACUGACCUAAGCAAGGUCCACCAGCAUGUGUCUGUCCUCAUGGAUUCUGUGAAUGCCAGUGCUAACGUACUGAAUGAUGUGUUCUAUAGCAAAGACAGUGACAAUGAAGCAGGUGCAGCUUCCUGCAUUCCUAUUGAGACUCUAAGCAGAACUGAUGCAGUAGAUGUUACAUUUAGUCUUAAAGGGCUCUACGAUGACACCAAAGCUUUCCUGGAUGAAAACUUGUUGAGAGAUGCUGAGGAUCGGGCCAUGCUACAAACUGCCUUGGAUGCUAUGAAUAUGGAGUUGAGAAGAAUACUGGCAAUUGGCUGGUUGAGUCAAGUCUUCUUUCCAGAGGAACAGGCUUCCGACACUCACAGUUUAAGUCGCAGGUUUAGAAUGAAAUUUCCCAAGUUGGGGAAGAAGAAACAACGAGAAGAGGGAGAAAAGCCUAAAUCAAGUCAAAGAUUCCCUGGUUUUCUUGGCAAGUUCUGGCAUCGUAGAAAUCGUGGCAGUCGAGCAAAAGAUGAUGACCCUCCAACACCUUCAAGUUCUCAGCUAUAGUCCUUGAAAGCUGGAAGGAGAGCUCUCAAUACAGAAUUCUACUAAAAACUCUCAAGACGUCAAUAAAGGCUGAACUAUACUAUUUCAGAACAAACAUGAGCACCAUCAAGAAAGACCCUCCAAAUCCUUAUACUAAUAUAUUUUCCCUGGACUUAAUCAGAUCUCCUUAGAGGGUUACAUUUUUCUCGUUGGCCAAAGAUUCUUGUUCCGAGUUGUCUUAUUCAGUUCUCCUCCUAUUUGUGUACCUUGGGCAACUAGAGUGUUUAUUGGGGACAGGCUCUUUAUGAAUGGCCUGGGAGCUAUGAGAAUGUAUGGGAGUGCAUCUCAUUCAGAAAUAUUAGUAUGGGGGUCUUUCACUCAGAGAGAAACUGUUGACACCAAGGAAUAAAUGAGUGACCAACUCUCAGAAAGAUGAGGAGGGGGCAGGGUGUUCAGGCUUGGUUGUGUUUCUCCUCUAAUCCCCGCCAACUGCAACUUGAAUUUCAAAAGAUAGCUCCUAGUUGGCUUUAGAAGAUGAGAACAAGGUCCUGAGGCUUGUCCACUCAUCUGUUACAAUGACUAUGUGACUCUUUCCUUGUAGAUAUAGGACUUUCCUCUUUUCUCUCUCCUUUCUCCUCUCAUCUCAUUUCUCUCCUCUCCUCUUCUCUCUUCUCUCACCUCUUCUCUCCUCUCCUCUCCCAUCUCUUC